UUCCACGAACAAAAUCAACAACCCUAGCAACUUUCUCUCAUUGCCUCAACAUUCUAAUCACUCAAGUCUACUCUAUUUACUCUAUCACCAAACAAAGAGAUAACUAAAACAACACUGUCACUACUUUCGCCAUUUCACGCGAAACCAUGUCGUCUUCGGAAUCCCAAGAACCCGCGCUUUCGUCGGAAACACAGAUAAGCAAAAAAGCCGCUAAGAAGGAAGCCGCAAAGCAAGACAAGCUCCGCCGCCGUCAGGAAGUCGCCGCCGCCACCACCGCCGCCGCCAACCUCUCAGUCGACGAGACUGACCCCCUCGCCGGAAACUACGGUGAUGUGCCGUUGGUGGAGCUGCAGUCGAAGACUCCGGUGGACGUCAGCGCAUGGACGCGCGUGGAGUCUCUGGCCGAUUGUCUCUCGAACCGCACGGUCCUGAUCCGAGGGAGAGCGCAGACGAUUCGACCGGUGGGGAAGAAAAUGGCGUUCUUGGUGAUCAGAGAGAACGGUUUCACGGUGCAGUGCUUAGUGCAGGCGCAGGCCGAUACGGUGAGCCCGCAGAUGGUGAAGUUCGCUGCCGCACUCAGCCGCGAGUCUAUCGUUGACGUUGAAGGCGUCGUUUCGAUUCCCACAUCUCCAAUCAAAGGCGCUACGCAGCAGGUGGAAAUUCAAGUGAGGAAGUUGUACUGUGUGAGUAGGGCUGUCUCUACUCUACCGAUUAAUCUUGAGGAUGCUGCAAGGAGUGAAGCUGAAAUUGAGAAGGCUCUUCAGGCUGGUGAACAACUCGUUCGUGUUAAUCAGGACACACGAUUGAAUUUUAGAGUACUUGACGUGCGAACACCAGCUAAUCAAGGAAUUUUCCGCAUUCAGUCUCAAGUUGGAAAUGCAUUUAGACAAUUCUUAUUGUCUGAAGGUUUUUUUGAAAUCCACACUCCAAAGUUGAUUGCCGGAUCUAGUGAGGGUGGAGCUGCCGUUUUUAGAUUGGACUACAAAGGCCAUCCUGCCUGCCUGGCUCAGUCACCCCAGCUUCACAAGCAGAUGUCAAUAUGUGGUGAUUUUGGCCGUGUUUUUGAGAUUGGUCCUGUGUUUAGAGCGGAAGAUUCCUUCACUCACAGACAUCUGUGCGAGUUUACUGGUCUCGAUGUUGAAAUGGAGAUUAAGAAGCAUUAUUUUGAGGUGAUGGAUAUAGUUGAUAGAUUAUUUGUCGCUAUGUUUGACAGUUUGAACCAUCAUUGUAAGAAGGAUCUGGAAGCUGUGGGGUCUCAGUACCCAUUUGAACCUUUGAAGUAUCUGCGACAAACUCUGCGGCUAACAUAUGAAGAAGGGGUUCAGAUGCUCAAGGAUGCUGGAAUAGAAAUUGAACCUUUUGGUGACUUGAAUACUGAAGCGGAAAGGAAAUUGGGCCAGCUAGUUUUAGAGAAAUAUGGCACAGAGUUCUAUAUCCUUUAUCGGUACCCUUUGGCUGUAAGGCCAUUUUAUACGAUGCCCUGCUAUGACAAUCCAGCAUACAGUAACUCCUUUGAUGUCUUUAUUAGAGGUGAGGAGAUAAUUUCAGGAGCUCAGCGUGUUCAUGUGCCAGAAUUUUUGGAACAACGUGCAGCAGCUUGUGGCAUUGAUGUCAAGACAAUAUCUACAUAUAUUGAUUCUUUCAGAUAUGGUGCACCGCCACAUGGUGGCUUUGGAGUAGGUUUGGAGCGUGUAGUAAUGCUCUUCUGUGGCCUAAAUAAUAUUCGCAAAACAUCGCUUUUCCCUCGUGACCCACUUAGGAUUGCACCAUGAUAAAAUUAUAUCCAAACAGUAUAGCUCAAAUUCCGAGUCUUCUCAAUUUUUGUUAUGGCAAUGUUUUUUCUGUUUAAUCCCAAAGAUAUAUAUUUAAAUUCAGUCUUGGAGCUGAUAUUUAGCCGUUUAUACCGUACUCUAUUUCUCAUGUUUGACCUGGUGUAAUUGCCAUUGGGUAUUGAACUGACCCAACUUCAGAAGGAUCAUCUUGCCUCUAAUUAAAAUCCAGGUUAAUCAAUGAUAAAUUUCAUCCCAUGAG